AUAAAGAUUAAGGAAUGGAUCUAUAUAAGUCUUCCUUUGCUUCGUUCUUGUUCCUUGCUCGUUUGCUCCCCCAAUCAGCCAUAGAGGUGAGACGGUCGAGAGCUAACAGAAGGGGAAGGGGAAGAACAGGGGGGAUGGCAGAAGCGCACCGCACCCUCUUGCUCCUGGUGGUCGCCAUGAGUUGCCUUGUGACAGUGUCACAAGCCCACCAAAAGAUCCACAUCGUCGGAGGCAGCUAUGGGUGGAAGAUCCCACCCAACAAGACAUUCUAUGAGGAAUGGGCUAAUAAACAGAGCUUCUUCGUGGGGGAUAAGCUCAUGUUCUUGUACACGACGGGGUUGCAAAACGUGAUAGAGGUGUCUGAGGAGGAGGAGUUCACCUAUUGCAAGCAGACCAACGUGGAGGACGUGCAGUUCGUGGGACCCACCAUCCUGGAGCUGACGAAGGUCGGUGUCCACUACUUCUACUGCAGCAUUGGCCUGCACUGCGAGGGCGGUCAGAAGCUCCACGUCAACGUCACCGAUGAAGCCACCGCGUGAUCUGCGAUCGUAACUCGUGCUGAGUGUAGCACAAAGAUUUGAAUUAUAGAAUUCUUCAU